CUACUAGCCGCACUAUACGCGGUCCCACUGACCCCACUUGAUGCACCACUCUGCAUCCUGAGCACUAAUAAUGUGCUGACAACCCUCGUCUUUGAGCGAGCCCCCAUCUGGGAGGCCAAAGGCUGGAUAAGAGCUCCCCUCGCAGCGUACCUGAGACCACUCCUCAACCGCCUCCGUCAGCGCUGUGCACCGACAACCUUCGGUAAAAUUACGGACGAAGACACCUGGGCUAUACUAGAGAGAGCCCGUCAAGAUGCGUCUAUGAUCCCCCCAAGAAAUUUCGUAAUGGCCCGAGCCCUGACACUGGAACUUGACCCCCGCUUCGAGCUAACGGGAGCCCGCCUCGACAGCUUGACCCAGGCUCUCGCCUAUCACGGUAUCCUGGGGCUAAAGAACACCGAGGCUCGGCGCACAACGAAGAUCAACCUCGAAUUGGUUCGCACGCACUCACCUUUGAGCGUCCCCCUGACAUACAGUGCUAUAUGGAAGAGCAUACGGCACCGGGACUUCAGCAGGGCUUUCGCGGUCUUUCUUUGGAAAGUCAUGCACGGCGGACUGAAAUGCGGACUGUACUGGAAUAAGAUCCAAGGCUAUGAACACAGGGCGCAGUGCGGAAGCUGUGGACUGCCCGAAACGAUACAGCAUAUCCUCUUUGACUGCGAGGCCGUAGGACAGUCACUAAUAUGGUCCCUGGUCAGUAGAAUAUGGAGCAGGAGAAUACAUGGUACUCAGUGGCAGGCCCUGACACAGGCUGACGUCCUCUCGAUUGGCCUAAGAACAUGGAAAGAUAAAAAAGGACGCAUACGCCCAGGCGCCACGAGGCUUUGGAGGAUUUUAAUAUCUGAAGCUGUACACCUAAUCUGGAAACUACGAUGCGAGAGAGUUAUUGGACAUGCCGGAGAGGAGAGCUGGGAACACAGUCAAUCCGUAGUUUGGAACAAGCUGCAAUAUGCUCUGAACAGCCGACUCUCACAGGACGUAGAGUCGGUGCGGAGGAAAUAUGGCGACUCCGAUACCAACCGGCGUUUAGUCCUCGCAACGUGGAACGGUAUACUACGGGACGAACCUGCGCUCCCGGAAGACUGGACAAGAUAUAAGGGUUUUUUAGUGGGUAGAUCACCGGCCCUACGAGUCGACCUCGAGCCGGAUUGA